CAAGCGCGUCUCUUCCCCACUUCCCCUCGUCCCUCCUAGCUUGACUAGCUAGGGUUUUACUUUCCCCUCCGCCCUCCGGCAAGUUCUUACCGGCGCACCCGGCCUCGCCCCAUCACCAUGACGCUCGCCGAGCUGCUCCGCGCCGAUCUCGAGGAGCACGAGAUCGAGGAAGAUGAGCCUAUCCUUGAGGAUGAUGAUGACGACGAAGAUGAUACCGAGGAUGAGGAUGAAAAAAAUGACGAUGAUGUUGAGGGAGGUGAUGCUGGUGGAAGAUCUAGGCAGAGUAGGAGUGAGAAGAAGAGCAGGAAAGCCAUGGAGAAGCUUGGCAUGAAGGCCAUUACUGGUGUGAGCCGUGUAACUAUCAAGAAGAGCAAGACCGUUAUGUAUGUCCUCUCGAAGCCAGAUGUGUUCAAGAGCUCGCAGUCAGACACCUAUGUCAUGUUCGGGGAGCUCAAGGUCGAGGACCCGAGCACUCAGCUGCCGACACAAGCGGCGGAACAGUUCAAGGCGCCAGGCCUGAGCAGUGUGAUCUCGAAGGACGAGCCAUCCGUGGCAACAGCCCAGGACGAUGAGGAGGUCGAUGACACUGACGUUGACCAGAAGGACGUCGAGCUCGUGAUGACGCAGACCUCGGUGUCGAGAUCCAGGGCUGUGAAGGUGCUCAAGGCUGUGGAUGGCGACAUUGUCAGCGCCAUCAUGGAGUUGACUAACUAGGCGCUAGAAGGUGGAAUUUUGUCCUGAUAGCAGGGUGUGGGAUUGCAAAGCAGUUUCUGGUCAUGUCAGCUUGAAACUUGAAUGUUGCAGUUGCUGGAUUGGUAGCUCUGUUUUUCUGUUAACCAAACUAGUACUCUCAUGUAGGUUUCCUAGGCGAUUUAACAUCUGAUGUUCAGCAAACUGCAUGCUCUUUUGGGAAAAUCUGAAUCUUCUGUGCACCAAAUUUUGUUUUCAAAUGCAUGUAUUCGUGUUUGAGGCAAUAUCUAUGUCGUUCGAGUUAGCUAUUAGAUUUUAUUCCCAAACUCCAACCAUUGUGACAUUGUGUGAUUUAGAAACAAUUAAGAUCGGACUCCUUCAGUUU